AUGGUCCGGCCCCCACCUCAGAAACGGUCUCUCAAGGCGACCCCCACCGCAGCUCUCAGAAUCUCGCAUGGUUCCCUCCGCCUUCCUUACUCCUCCCACCGCAGGCCUUAUUCCGGACCGGAAGUCCUCGUACCCGCCUAUCGAACCCUGGGCGCGUCCAUCUUGUCGUACGGCGCACAGCGCCUUCCGUGGCCGGAAGUGAUAGUAGGCCCGCCCGCGUCUCCGCCGCUGCCCACGCAUCUGCGGCUCCCUCAGUACCUGCAGUGGGCGAGUUUACCCCGCCACAGGGCGUCUCCUAAUACCUGGCAGCGCCAUCUUGUCGUACGGCAGCGCCUACGCCUUUUCUCCCUGCGCUUCUGUGACUCGGCCAAUCAGAAACUUCCUGCCUCAGGCCCCCAACGAACUGGCCAGUGCAGUUCGGAGAGGAGAGCCAAGGAAAUCGUGAAGAAUGAAGAAACCGAGUGUAAUGCCCAUCUUUCUGCACCUUCAUCUCGCUGGACUUUAGGGAGACUGGAGGAAAUCCUCGAGGCAAGGCUAUGCCCAAAAUUGAACUCCCCAGUGAGGAAAAUAAAGUUUAGCACGGUUCUAAUCACAAAGAUUCCCACCUUCAGCAAUUUUGCACAUUCCACAAUUGGUAAGCGUCCUGACACUUUACAGGACCACAGAGGCCUUAAACCCCAAAUUUAUAGAAUCCCAGAACUAUAAACCCUUCUUUCCAUUAAAAGAUUCUAUACUUCUCUUGUCACUCCUCUAAGUCUAUGGUCUUCAAAUGGAGGUACAUGAAAACACUCUAUCUGAAGGAAAAAAAGAAAAAAGAAAGAAAGCCUGAAACAAAGAAUCCCUGGAGCAGAAUAAACAAAAACAAAGACAAAACAAAGAAAUAAACAAAACUGAACCCGGGACUUUUGCAUAACUAUUAGUUGUCUCCCCCGUCUUCAAAUCAUUUUCCCCCAAGAGCACUAUUCAACUCUUGUUUUAUGGUGAUACAGAGGAUUGAACCUGGGACCUUGUAGUCUCAGGAAUGAAAGUCUUUUUGCA